AUGGUGGUGGUGGUCGAGAUCGAGAACCAAAGCAUCUCGAAGCCGUUCCUCGGGGGAUGGCGGCAUGUUGUUACCAAAGUCGAAUACCACAACGCUUCUACGCAGACUCUCCGCAAAGCAAGCAGAUCUGCCCUGAAGCGUCUUCGAACUCGGAUCACGCAGACAACCCUGGAAAAGUUUACGCAAGAUCUCGGCCAACAGAAGGGUGUACAGGUAUCGGAGGAGAGUGCUCAUUUCCCGAGUGCCGGAGAUAAGAUUCUGGCUCCGAAGAAUCCCCGAAGAUUCGCGGGUACGGACGUCGAGGAGUUUUUGAUAAGGGAGGAGAGCGCGAUCAAGAUUCAGAGGUUCUUCAGAUCUCGCCGGGCGAGGAUGGCCAUCGAGAAAUUGUUGCGAACGGUCCACGAGAUCCUGCAACCGAGUUCCCUGUUCAUGAAGAAGUUCCCCAUGCAUUACUACGACAAGCUGUUCCACGUUAUCAAGACCAGGGAGCCGAGGAGUAGGUCGGACUUCGAGACGAUACACAACCUGCUGGACCGCUGGAGGAUAACGGAGGUGGAGAGGGCGAAUCGGGAAUUGUUCGCAGGUGCCAGACUGGCCGCACAUGGCUUGAUCCUCCUCAGGGAGGUAAAAGUUAUACGAGCACUGGACGAUAUCAAGACGCGCCUUAAAAGGGAAAAGGACGAGACAGAGAGGUCGAGGUUCCUGGAGCAGUUGGCCACCUCCGAGAGAUGGAAGGGCAGCGGUGGCAGGGUGCUGCUGGUGGACACGCCGAGAGUAUUGCGAGCCAAGGAGUACAAGGAGCUUCACGACUCGCUCAAAAGAAAGGACCUUUCAUCGGAGGAGAGAUUGAGUCUCCUGGAGUCCAUCGAGGGAAUUGCCGAGGUGCACUCCUGCCGAACGUCUCGGGAACUCGGUUACCUUAUCGAGCAGGAAAAAUUAUUACUAGCUCAUGGCGUAUCCACCGCUACCAUGGACCAAAUGCGGAAUCGCUUGCGAAUCGCCUAUCUGCAUCUCGUACACGGUUUGCGGUGCUGGGUCGAGAGUCCCGAUUUUCGAGACGAUCGGUCGGAGGCGAUUUCUCCAGGCGGUUCUAGAUUUCCUCACAAGGGUGGUCGACCGAUUUUUUACGAGAACGCGAGUCGUCGCUCCUUUCCUGGACCAGAUUGUAGAAGUCGUUCUACGGCAAGACCUAGAGAAGCGGUGACGGUGAUCCACGCACCUUAUCAGAAGAUGCUGCAGGACUUGCGUCGGUCCGAGGCUCGCUCGAAGUGCUACACCAGCCUAGCUUUUCUGAUAGACGCCAAGUUGGUCCAUCAGCUGGUGAACGUCGUCUGGCACGGCAAGUCCGGCAUCUCGGAGUGCCGCGACCUGGACCAGCUGAGAUUGGUGAAAUUCUGGUGGAACUCCGACUGGGCUCCUUGGAAUUCCCUUUUACUUACCAGACGGGAAGCCGCGAUGCACAAGGCUAUCACGGAUCCCACUCGAAUUUACAGCGCUUCGCUGGUGCAGAGGUUCACCUACAAGAACCUUCAAGCUAAGCUCCAUUACGAGUCCAUUAUGGGGUUGCAACGGCGUCUGAAGUCCAGUCUUCGGGAAGAGGAAUCGAAAAGUGACGACAAAGAUCAAUGA